CGCCAUAUUCGCUCAACGCGUAUUGUGCUCACAUGCGUUUAUGCUGUGAUAAAGCUCAAUAUUUCGUCUUUUCUGCUCAAAUAUACGUAAGUAUUCCCCGGCUUCUGACUAUAUCCACCGCUCAGGAAAUAAUCUGGACUUCUGAACCUUGUACAUAGCUUGUACCAUAAUCUGUAAAAAGUUUCAACUAUGAAGGGUGGGACACAGGCAGCUCAAAACAUGCACUACAUACCACAGACAGACCAAUCACACACAAAAAAGCCAACAGCAGAACAGCUUCAAUAUGCCAAACUGCUGAACAAUGAAGACCAAAAACACAUUCAAGAUCAGCUCAAGCAGGUUGCAGACAUGACAGGCAGAAGUAUAGAUGAAGCUUCUGUAGCACUACAUGACUGCAACUAUGACACAGAACAAGCCAUUAACACACUGUUUGAAGGAAAAGUGGAUCAGAGUGAAUGGAUUGUGAGUAAUCGUAAGAAGAAGCACCAAGGUGGGAGUUCACAGGGUCUUGAUAAUAUCAUGACAUCACAGACAGGCUCCAGCAGCAGAACCACUUCCCGGCCAUCACGAGGGGGAAGGGGAGGGCGAAACCGGUCUUCUGACAAAAGUGGCUUUGACUCCGAUCAUCGAGAUGACAAUGGGAAUGUGGAAAAUGGGCGGGGGCGGGGAUCACGUGAAGACAGGUCAUCAGAUCGCAGAGCUCCUGGUGGGAGAGGCGGUCCUCCCAGGAAAGGGCGCGGUGGGGGCAGAGGUCGCUUAUUCCCCACCCGGGGGCGAGCUGGACGUCUAAGCUCAAGACCUUCAGCACCCGCGUCUAAUGGCCCAACUGAAAAUGGAACAGAAUUAUGGGAUAUCAAUGACAAUGACUCAGGAAAGGAGAAAACUGAGAUGUGGGAAGAUCUGCCUCAAGGAACUGAAGACUGGGGACAAGAUGAAUGGACGCCUUCUCCUGUGGCUGAGACUACAACUCCAGGUAGCGAUUCCUUAUUCAGUUCAGCACCACCCUCUAGCAGUUGGCCUGAUCGUGAACAAGGUAAUAAAUGGGGUGACAACGAACCCACACCAUCAUCAACAUCCAAUGGGACAGCCCUCUCUAGUGGGGUUAUAGGCCUGGAGGAGAGCCGAGAAAAGUCGUUUACACCAGAAAGUGUCGAUGUUGCAAUUAUCCAUUCCAAGCUAGCGCAAAACCAAACUGACUCUUCCCCAAACCCAAACCCACUCCUUAUGCGCAUCCCGUUACCUGGAGAGAUGUCAAGACACAACAACCAUCUGGGACCCAUCGGCAAGCUGCUAGAGAAUGCUAACGUCCAGUCAAACAACCAAGCAGUGCCACAGCCACAAGCGCAGCGACAACCAAGGCAGAAUAGACCCAAGAAGACACCUAAAUCCCAGAUACCUGAGCAGGCUGUUGAGAUGCCUGGUUCAAUGGCUGACAGUCUUGAUGUCCAGUUUGGUAAUUUGGAGUUUGGUGGUGACGCAGAGACUCUCCCCAGGCACCAGACAAAGGGCAUGGACUCGUCAGCCCAUCUUGGCACUGAAGAAUCUAGAGAACCCCAACAGAGUGAGAUUCCAAGUGUCAAGCCAGAGCCAGAAGAGCGCUCCUUGCCAACCUCUCUACCGUCAUCACUUUCUAGAACAGUCCCAAUAACAACCGCAGCAACUACAUCUGCUAGUGGUAUGACCAUGGUUGAGGACAACACCCAGCGCCACUACCAGCAUCACAGGGCCAUCGAGAAGAGCCAUAUUCCUGAGCCAAUUCCUUUGCCCAAUCAGAUGGAUAAAAGAGAAGCAGUCCUUCAGCAGCAGCCUGACCAUACCACAGCCCCUUCUGCCCUAAGUUCUUCAGCCACAGCCGCGCCCUCCCUUGGAGGCUCACGGAACCAGGUACCCUCUCAGUCAAGCCUGACCCAGUUGGCCUCCAGCUUGUCAAAAGAGAGUUCCCUCGACAGCAGAGCCUAUCAGAACACCCAGCUCCCAGUUGCCACUCAGCAAACAUACACGUCCAAGGAACAACUUGCGUCUGUUGGUCUUGGUCACCACAGCACCUUAGGCAGCGCCAUAACGGCUGCUUCACUGCAGAGAAAAGACUUGUCGGCGACAAGCUCACUUCCUCCUCCACCACCUCCGGGUGUGCCCAUCACGUCUUUGCAUGCAACUGCUGGGAUUGGAUUGUCAACAGUUACCGUGUCAAGUUCAAGCAGGCCUAACCAGCAUUCAUGCAAACCUAACCUGCCACCUGGGGUCUUACCAAUGAACACUCUAUAUGGCAUGCAACAACCUGGUCUUGUACCGGCAUACUCACUGCCGUACGGCUACGAGGACCUGCAGCGCUUACAGAUGUCUGGAUACUACAAUGUCCCCUUCCAGACGCAAGGGCGGGAAGCCCUCCAGGGAACUUACCAAGCAGACCAGAAGUUUGGCCGUAGUGAUGCAUCGUCCCCUGUUCAGACGACAAUGAACCAAGCCGCCACGCCUGGCCAGCACCACCUUCAGCAACAAGCAUAUAUGAAUGCCGCAAUGCCACACCCAUAUGGUUAUGGUGGGUUGGCAUUCUACCCUGGAAGUGGGAUGCUCCCUAGUGGCUUCCCAGCUUACACAGCACCAAUGUACCAGCAAAUGCCGACCAAGACGCAUGGCACCACAUCACAAUACCAACAGCAGGCAUAUAGUAAUCAGCACGGAUCACACAGCUUUAACACAGGUUAUGAUGACCUCAGCGGUGGAAGUCAUGAUUAUGGCAAGUCUGCAUAUCACUUAUCCGUCUCGCAACCUCAGAGCAAAUCAAACUCUGUCACAAGUAGCUCAGGUGACCUGGGAGGGAGCUCCUACAAAGCACAGGUUGGCAAGUUCGGCGACAGUAAAGCAUUCCUUGGAAGCACCCCUCCACCCGCCCUCAACCUUAACGUCCAGGGACAGCACGGUCACAUGAGCAACUACCCCACCCACACGGCACCCUUCAUGAACAUGAUGCCGCAGGCCCAGCAGCACCACCAGGCAUCUAUCUUCCACCACCACCAGCAGCAACAGCAGCAACACCACCUCCCUCAUCACCAUCAGGAGAUGAGUGGCGGCAACCUUUCACAGCGAGGAGGUGGCCAGCAGAGUCAGCUCGGCAAGCAGUCCCAGAGCAAAGGAUACCCAGGAGGAUUCUGGUCUAGUGCUAACAAGUCCUUAUAGAUUUCUUGGGGUGCCCUGGAGCUUUCAUGAUCCAGAUUGUGUGAUCUCCCUAGAACGGAACACUUCAUACAUCCGACAUGUCAGUCAAGCUUGCACGAUGAGGUCCUAGAGAAUAGCUGACGCAAUGACAGUGAACUUGUCCCACAAAAGCCUCACAGAAGCUUUUUAAGUCCGUGAUCUGGGGCAAAAAGGAUAAGUUGUUUCCAGCGAACUAGCAAAUGUACUUUCUGGACAGCUGCUUGUUUUCUAUGCCAAGCCCGCCAAGUAUUUUACUUCGUAAAUAGCCUUUGUCUGCCGCCACUUUGACAUCCUCAUAAAAUGGCUUCCAAUAUUGAUUAAAAACAGUAACAAAGGUGUCGUUGACAAGGGCUCUUUGGGUUUGCUGGACAAAAAUCCUUCUAUAUCUUGCCUUUUAUUCCUGAUUUUGUAAAACAUUAGCGUGUGACUUUGGUGGGACAAUGAGUGACUUCUUAUCUGAUUGGCUAAUCACGCAUGUAUGAUUGACAGGCCUGGUAUAUGGAUUGAUCGUCUAUGUAGAAUUAGAGUUAAUCAAAGAGACCCAUGUUUUCAGACAAUAGAAUAGAUCGUGAGGUAUAGAAAAAAGAUUGUGAUGAAAUUCUUUAAGUCACGUCUCCGCAUAAGUCCUGUUAUUCAGUAAUUCCCAAAUGAGACAACUCCUCCAUGAGUUAUUCAUAGUUCUGUUCAAAUGAGGGACGCACAGACACACGUAAUACAUAGUUGUGCCUGGGCCUAAUACUAGUAAAAAAAUCACAAAGAUUUACCCGUAUAAUCAAGGUAUUUUAGCUUGCCCCAAAAGUGGUAGUGUAAGUUUCAAGAGAUUGGUCGGUAUAUCGAGGGUUGACUGUGCCCUUCUGCUGCUAGUGUCCAAUAUAUUAGGGUCUGUAGUGUAAAUUAAGACCAUUGUACAGUCACAGUAUUAAAAGUGCAUGUAAAUGUUUGCUAUAUAAUUUAAUUUUGAAGCAUUUAGAAACCAUGAUAUUUGCAAACAAUAUUUUACAUCUCCUUACAAUAAAAUGAGCAGGAAUUUG